AUGCUGCCGCCUCCGCAGCACAGUGCGGCCGCCAUGCACUGCGCCGUGUGCGGCCACGACGCGGACCCACGCGCGUCCGCCUUCCUCCUCGAGUGCCAUUUCUGCGGCCGCUGGCUGCACGGAGCCUGCGUCCAGCUGAGCGAGCAGGACGCGCUGCUCAUCUCCAAGUUCGCCUGCCCGGACUGCAGGCAGCAGCAGGGCCACAGCACCGUCAAGUUCGGUACCGUCCAUAAUGGUCCAUUUGACGCCAGUACAAUGUCCUUCUCGCCGUUACCUGUCCACUUGGGUGGGUACGUCGCUGCCUCGACCCCCGUGCAACUCCGACACAAGAAGAGCUCGUCCAGUUUCCGUCGACUGCUGGGUGCAGCCGUGUACGCUCGGUCCGGGGUGCACUUGGUCUCGUCUCAAGACGUGCAGCCGUCGUUCCUGCUCCGCCACGCACUGGAGGAGCCUGUGCUCAUUGCAGGCAACAACCACUGCGUCGCAGGACUCAAUGAACCUUUCCCGGUGUUCGACGCAGCGUUCGUAGCCAAGUUAUUGGCUGAGAACCGAGUGGUGCGAGCAUUUGGCGUGGCCUCACAAACCAAGCAGCAGUUGACAGCGCCCGAGUGGCAAGCGCGACUAGCAAGAGGGACCAACAGCAACCAACAAGACGAGGAGGACGCUGCAUUGCUGGCCAACGCAGAGUUUCCACUACGACAGGUAUCCAUGCAAGUGCAGGUUGCACCGCCAGUGGCAGUAGCGCAAGUGGACUGGAGUCGCAUGGGGCCGAAUAGCACCGACGGGAACUCGACCUCCAAUGCACCGAACAGCAACGUGUUUGGAGCGUUCUUGGAGGCCAACGCUUACUUGGACUUUACACUAGCUCCGGGAGGACAGUGCACGUGGCUGUCGGUGUCGGCAGGAGAGCUGUGGGUGUAUCUGAUCCCUCCAACUUCCACUAACAUGGACGCGUAUCGAGACUGGAAGAAUGGCCCGGAUUUAGCGGCUGCGUUUUUGCCGGAACGAGCGGAUAAGUGCAUCAAGUGUGUGGUGGGUGCAGGGAGUACGAUACUGGUACCGGCAGGUUGGAUGUUCGCGCGGUUUGCCGGCGGUGUGCAGAGCUGCUCGAUGUUCUACGGCUACUUCGCCUGCACGGCUGGAAUGGACGCACAACUCGUUGUGGUGAUGCUUGAGAUGCAGCACGAUGCACUUGCGCAGUAUUGGAGCGAAACCACGUCUGGGUGGAUGAAUGUGGACGCUAAUUUGCAGCUUUGGACGGCUGUGUGUCACUACGUGCGUCAGUUGCUCAUGUCCAAUAGCGAUAUGAACGUUCGAGUGAGCGACCAGGAUCGACGCGCGUUAAUUCGAGCAUUGCCUCGACUACGAGAGUGGAGCACGUUGCCGGCCUCACUCAAGUCCGUAAACGGCAUUGCGUGGACUCCGAGCUCACUGCAAGAGGCUCAGAGUAUUGUGAACCGUCUGGAACAAGCGCUUGCUUCGAGUUGCCUGCCCACCCACCGGCUUGACGCCUUGCAGCCGACUACAAGUGACAGCAAGUUGCCUCCAAUUUCGCCGCAUGAAGCGACCUACAUCUACUCCGCCGCCUCAGCACCAGACCCCGUGAGUGGGUCUCCUUGGGGGGCGUCCAGCUCCGGUUUCGAUACAAACAGCACCACCAGCUUCGCCACAUCGACGCCGAUGGGGUCCAUGUGGCCAAACUACGACCCCAUUCAGCACCAGCAGCAGGAUCACUUGGUCAUAUCGACGCAGAAUCAACCGUACCCAGGUCUUCAGCAUCAAUCGCCGACACAGGGAUACGAUGGCGCGGGCUACGGGUACAUGUCACCACCCGGCACGGCUUUGGGGGGACACGGAGGAUACAUGGCAGCUCAGCAGGGCAUUGGCCUCGAGGGUUUAGCUGGUGUCUCGGCGUUGGUUGCUCCAGGUAUGGGAUUCCAACAGCCCGAAGUUGACAGCAACGGGAAUGUCGUGGAUACGCUGAUGCGCCAUCGAGCUUCGUGCCACCGCUGUGGCAACCUGCGCAAGAAAAACAUUCGCUGCCCCUUGUGCCCCCACAUUUUCUGCGCCAAGUGCGCUGACAAGAUGAUUGAAGAGCAUGGCGACCGCAUCUUCGAGAACGGGUGCCCCGUGUGCAAGGAGCUGUGCUGCUGCGGCAAGAACCGAACGACGCACUGCACGCGCAAGUUCCACUGCUACAAGAAGUGUCCGUCGACCAAGCGACCUGCGGCCGGCUAA